AUGAGGAGCUCGGUCCAGGAACUAACUACGUGUUUUGAUAAAGGCAGGGGCUUGAAAAACAGCUAUACAGGAGCUAAUAAAGCACCAUUAAAUCAGCCUCAUCACCCUUACCCAGAAUUUUCAGAGUUUAGUCCAGAACAGUGCGAAACGUUUGAGAAAUGGUUCCACGCGUACGACCGCGAUCGGGAUGGCUUUCUUGAUCUUCGGGAGUUGUCAGUGAUGUUAGUGAAGCUGGGAAUCCCUGCCACUCAGUGGAAUAUCAGCAGAAUCCUUAUAGCAGCUGACCAAGAUCGUGAUAUCAAAUUAAGCUUCCGGGAAAAUAUUAUUUACACUAGAGGGAGUUAG